AUGACGAUCCAGUUUGAGCCAGAGGCGAGGGGCAACUUCCACGCCGUGGUUGUGAUGCUGGCCCUUUCCGGCAUCGCCGUCUUCUCACUUCUCCUAUUUGGGGGCUAUGGUGCCACGAUACUAAACCACAUCUUCAAUGUGUCAAGUAUUGGUGCAUUUGAAGGCAUGCCAAUGAAGACGAACAAAAUUUCCUUCUGGGAACGUCAGGAAUUUAUGAAGAUGGUCUUCGCGGAUGAGAUCAUCUUCUGCGUCAUCAUCACCCUCGUCAAAACCAGCCUCCUCGUCUUCUAUUGGAAUACCUUCUCCGUCAGCACGCUCCAGCGCAACACCAUUAUUGUCACUGCCACUAUCUGCCUCAUCUGGUUCCUCGUCUUCCUCUGCCUCACCAUAUUCCAUAAAUCUGAGAAAAACUUAACCAGAAGGAAUAUUGCAUUUCCUCUCCUCCAGUUCUGCUCUCCAUGGAGAUCACACACCUAUUUCUCGAUAUCAUCGUCCUUGCGAUUCCCACGUCAGUCAUCAGCCAGCUCAACCUAUCUACUCCCAAGAAGGUAUCCGUUCUCGGUAUCUUUCUUGUCGGCCUGGGGUACGUUACUUCACAAGCUCAUCUUUCCUUCUUUGACCAAUGCGGCUAAUGAUCAUAUCAACACAGAGUGUGUGCAGCAAGCAUUGCCAGAAUCAGCCAUCUGGAGACCACCCAAUGCGUUGUACAACAUCGAUACCCCCCAAACAAUCCUGUGGUCCACGCUUCAGAUAGGCAUGGCAAUCAUUUGCGCAUGUCUCCCUACCCUUGACCCAUUGCUUCGCUGCAGUGCUGCCGGCGCCAAGGGCCGGUCUGGAUCUGACAACAUCAUCCGCAGCUCUUCCAUGAAGAUAUCUGACAUGGAACACCCAAACUCCAGGGAACGCGCAGCAUGGGUUGACCAGGACAGCAAUCGCUUCUACAGGAUUAAGAGGACCUGGUCAGUGAGGGGAGACAAUGACCCAGAGCAAGCAAGCACGGAUUCAAAGAUUGAAUUACAUGAGCGUGUUCCUCCCAGGCGGAUUCGAGUCCAGAAAGAUAUUACAGUACACUAA